AUGAGAAUACCCUUGUCAGAAAGUCGGAACCCAAAUGAUCAGGGUUUUGAGAAAAUGAUAUUGGGAAUGUAUUUAGGUGACAUUGUUAGAAGAGUAAUUCACAAAAUGUCAUUAGAAUCAGAUAUUUUUGGACGAGUUUCCUCUAAGCUUUUAGCAAGAUUCAUGUUAAGUACACCAUUAAUGGCUGCUAUGCAUGAAGAUGACACCCCAAACCUGAGUGAAGUUGCCAAGAUUCUUGAAGAAACCCUAAAUAUAAACGAUGUUCCACUGAAAGUGAGAAAACUAGUGGUGAAAAUAUGUGAUGUGGUGACAAGAAGAGCUGCAAGGUUAGCAGCUGCGGGCAUUGGGGGAAUUUUGAAAAAGAUUGGUAGGGAUGGGACUACAGUGAUUACAAGUAGAAGGGUUAGAAGUGGAAAAAAUGGGAAAAUGAGAAGAACAGUUGUAGCAAUAGAAGCAGAAAAUGAGGAAGAAGAGAAGGGCAGAAUGGUAAUUCAUGCCAUAGAAAGGGCAAUGGUGUUAGGUUGA